AUGAGCGAAAUCAAAAGUGAAACUCCCGCCGUCGAUCCAAACUGGUGGAAAGUAUGGCGAAAUCGUCGAUACAUUCUCGCAAUUAUGGCAUUUUUGGGCAUGUUCAACAUGUACUCGUGUCGCGUCAACAUGGGAGUAGCUAUCGUUGCAAUGACCAAAUCUGAGUUUUCUUGGUCUCCAAAGGAAAAAGGAGCAAUAUUGGGUGCCUUUUAUUACGGCUAUGCUGUGACGCAAGUACUUGGCGGAUUGCUAACUCGUCGAAUGCCGCCUCACAUUGUUUUUGGAAUAGGAACUGUUGUUCCAGGAAUUUUAACUUUAUUUACGCCCCUCAUUGCCGAAAGUGCCCCAUUUUGGGUUUUGAUUGCAAGUCGCGUCGUUAUGGGACUCUUUCAAGGUGUCGCUGUGCCAUGUCUCUUGGCAUUUUGGACAAUAUGGGGUCCAGUGUUGGAAAGAGCUCGAUUGCAUGGCAUCGCUAUAUCGGGUGCUUUUGUUGGAAUUGUCAUAAUUUUACCACUUUCGGGUUACGUAGGGCAAUAUUACGGUUGGCAAUGGAUUUUCUACGUAACUGGAACAAUUUGUGUCAUUUGGUUCGUUUUGUGGAUUUUUAUCAUCAAAAAGAGUCCACAAGAGGAUCGAUGGAUAUCGGAUUUUGAAUUGAAAUAUAUCGCAGCGACCGUUGGAGAAUCUACAAGUAACAAAAGUAUCCCAUGGCGAUACAUUUUAACAUCGCCUCCCGUAUGGGCUGUAUCUCUAGCUGGCAUGGCAUGGGGAUAUGGUUACGUUACGGUACUUUUCCAACUUCCGCAAUACUUGUCCGACAUAAUGGACUAUCAAAUUAGCAAAAAUGGACUUUUAUCAGCUUUGCCCUAUCUGACGAUGACAAUAAUGCUCCUGAUUGCUGGUUACACGGCAGAUAAGCUGCUCAUUCAUAAGGUUUUAACAGUCACUCAAACACGAAAAACGUUCAUUUGUGUCUCGAUGACGAUUCAAUCAGCAUUUAUCCUUGCGGCAACAUACAUUGUUGAUCCUACGUUCAAUAUUAUUUGCAUCACAUUCGGAAUUGGUUUUGGAGCUGUCACAUAUUCUGGCAUCGGAGUCAAUUAUAUUGACAUUGCGCCAGCUUUUUCUUCCAUCAUCGGGGGAUUUGGGAACACAUUCACCACAAUUUCAGGAAUUUUGAGUCCUUUGCUGACAGGAUUUGUUGUUCAUAGUAAAAAAGAUGAUCCUCAAUCCCUUGCCAAUGAAUGGCGCAUCGUAUUUUUAGCAACUGCCUCCAUUUAUUUGUUCGGCGCAAUUUUGUAUUUCUUCAUUGGAUCAGCAGAAGUCCAGCCUUGGGCAACGGAAGACAAACCAUCAUCUGUUAUGGAGAUGAAAUCCAAUGGUCGGUAUAAAACUAGACGAGAUACAGGAUACGUAAAUCCAGCUCUAGAAGAUGAAAAUGUAAAAAGUUAUAAAGCUUGA